UAAGCCAAUUUCCACGUGCCAAGUGGUACGAAUCCUCGUACGUUCUCUCAACGACGGCAGCUUUGUUCGGAUGAUCGAAUCCCCUUGAAAAUCUCUCCCACAGAAUAGGUAGGUGUCCAAGACAAUCGAAAUCUCCAGAGAGCCCAAGAGCCCAAACACUCACUCUUUUCUGGGCCUGUCCCUGAUCUGGCCUGCGCAAGCUUGUUCCUUCCCAGUGCAUCUCGAUCCCUUUCGUCUGGAGCGCUUAGAUUCUGCAUCUGCGGGUGAUCCUCCCGAUCGCCAACCGGAGCUUCGGAAAUCCGAGAUAUUUUCUCUCAACGCGAUAUAGAAAUCAAUUGUAAACCAUGGGAUUCGUGGUCACGAGCCUGAUUUUUACGGUGAUUGGGAUUCUUGCGUCCCUCUGCACCAGAGUUCUCUGCAACAGCGGACCAUCCACGAAUUUGUUCCUCAUCACAUUGGUUAUUACAGCUACAGUCUGCUGUUGGAUGAUGUGGGCAAUUGUAUAUCUUGCGCAGAUGAAACCUCUCAUUGUCCCAAUUCUGAGUGACGGGGAAUGAAGUGCUUCCCGCUUGACUAGUGUUGUAGGUGAUGCACCGGCUACUGUAUUACAUAUUUUUAGGCACAAGGACCAUUCAAUAUUUCCUUGGACGAGUAUGUAAAUAAUGUUGGCAGAUCCUCUGUUGAGUUCACAUGGAUUGACUGCCUGAAUAUCUCAGCCUCGAUGUGUUUAUAUGUUCAUAUGAUAUUGAUGCAACUUUACCCGUAUGUAAGAAGAAUAAAUACAGAUGUUGUACCCAUUAACCACGCAGAAGUGUUAUGUCCCUUUUUACCA